AUGACUUCAUUCAUCAUUCAAGGUACAUCUAAACCUACUCCUUAUACCCGAGAAAAAUACCCGAAGCUCUUUCUCCCUCUCCACUCUCCAUAUUUUCUCCACACAGCUCCGGCCACCACACACGGCUUCGGCCGCCCGGCAUCGGAGGGCCUUUGGCCAACACCCCCCGGGUGUGGUCUAUUUACUCCAAUCUAUUUUACAGGAAUCAAGGAAGAGAGAGAAGGAAGAUCGAAGGUUGAAGGAUCUAGAAGCGAAUAUUCUCCCGUGAGAUUAUUUGCACAAACAUUUGUGAUUUGUAACACCAUAGCUAUGUAUACUGCCAUCCUUGUUGCAGUCUGUCUCAUUUGGGCACAGUUGGGGGACUUAAAUUUAGUGGACACAGCUCUUCAUAUGGCGUUGCCGCUGCUGGGGAUUGUACUUACCAUGAUGUCCUUAGCCUUUAUGGCUGGGGUUUAUGUGGUAGUUAGCAAUCUUCAUUGGCUUGCCUAUGUUGUAUUGAUCCUGGGAGUCCUUUUCAUUGUCACUGUCCUGGUAGUUUUCAUUCCACUCUCCUGCAAAACUACUUCGAGGUCCCGCAUCCUUCGUUGCAUCACUUACUUUCUCUUCUGUGCGGAAGAAUGGGCUUCUAGAAGUCACAACAAUUACCAAAAGAAGACUGAUCUCCUUGGUUGCGCGACACUGCGGGCCUGCAAUAUCAUCUUGGAAUGUUUAAGUGGUAGUUCUUGUGUUCCGUAA